AUGCUCAUUUCAUCAAACUCGUCUACCACUCCCUCUCAUGAGGAGGCUGAGAUUGCGGAGGACGUCGAUGAACCCCCGGAUCACAUCAUGCACGCCACCCACAUGAACCACAUCAACUCCGACCAAAUCGUCCUUGCGCGUCCCUCUGUGGACCGGAAGGAAUCUCUGCUCACGCGCGCAUUGAAGAGCAGCCCCGACAUGCACCCCACCGACCCUCAGACUUCCAUGCACGACUCCUACAUGUACCGAUCCUACCCUCACAGCAACAUCAGUGGCAUCUCCACAGCCGAACUCACCAGCGACGGUGGCCUUACAAGCCCUUCUCUAUCCAACACACCCAGCCCGCCUCUACCUCCUCAAAUGAUGGGAAAGGCAGCAAUGAUGGGAAAGAAGGAUUUGACCCCGAAGGUCAAGGUCGUUGAUUCAAGCGAGACGACCGUGGAAGCCAACCUGGGCCGCAAGCGUUGCAUUAGCUUUGCAUGUGGCCGUAAGACAGAUGACCAACCGAAAACACCCAUAUCACCCUCUGGGUCACAAACACUUCCGCCUCCGAAAGAAGUUUCUGAGGAGGAGGCCCCAAUUCAGGAGAUCAAGCGCCGGACGACCCUGACCUUUGUGUGUCCGGGCCGUGAGACUGUCAGCCCGAGAACUCGUUCUCCAGCUCGCAAGGGCAUGUUUCGGUCACGGUGCCGCGGUUCCCCUGCUCCAGCUUCCCGCAAGCCCUCUAUCGAGAAGACUCCCAAGCAAGCACAAACACCUACGGAGGAAUCCGCUUCUGGAUCUACCAUUCGUACAGGUGUCCCCACUAGUGGACUUGGAAAGUUUGAAGAAUCAGAAGCUACCCGCUUCCACGAGUUUGCUAGCUCCUUGGACGAAGACGAUGAGUGGGUGAUCAGGGAACCUACUUAUACGGAGAAGAUUACUUUGAACGACUGUAUGAAGAAGGAAUUUGCCAUUCGACGACUUGGUGAACAGGCAGAGGAAGAGGCACUUGAGGAGGAAGACGAUGCGGAAGACAUCGCCGAUGAUGACUCAACGGUGCACGACUUUUCUUCUGACGAUGGUAACGAGUCGGACAACGAGGCUGGAUUUGCCGAGUCAGAUGAGAGUGACGAUGAUGGCUCGGACUAUGAGUUCUGGGCUCCAUCGCUUGCUAUUUCGGAGGUCACCGUACAACCUACCACCCAACCAAAAGAAACCCGCCCCGCACCUAUGGAACGCCGUAUUUCGAAUAUCUCCUUUGACUCCAUGACGGAUGACCACUCUAGUUGGCUCCCUGCCCCCGUUCAAAGAUUGAACGCCCGUCGCCUUUCAAAAACCAAGAGUAUCAAGAUUCGCCCGAGAACUCCCAACCUGCCCGACAGUACCGAUUUUGUCUGUGGAACCCUCGAUGAGGACCGUCCCCUGGAAGCCGCCUACAAGUCCUGCUUGGAACAGCGCCGCCUCUCGAAGCAGAUUCCUAUCCCUCAGGACAUCGACCCCAGUUUCCCUACCAGCGACCCCGAGGACGAGGAGGACAUUGAUCAAUCUGACGAUGAUAUCUCCGACAUUCCUGUUGCGACUCACCGUGAGGAACCUAGAGGACGUCCAGAGGGGGAUUCCCGUCACCCAUCCCCCCUUCGCUCCCCUAAGCGUUUGAUGUCCCCGCCGCCUCGUCGCCCUGGCCGUACCUCUCCCAAGCGACUCAAGUCUCCCCCUCCCCGCGUCCGUGCCAAGUCCCCACCUCCUCAUGUGCGAGCCAAGUCUCCUACCCCGGCGAAGUGGGAAUUUGCAGAGGACUUGCCUGUGGUCGAAUCUCCUGAAGGUCUCAACAUCAGUCACCUGGUCCAACGUCGUCCCUUGGUCCGCACCAAGUCUCUUCCCCGCACCCCUAAUCCUUUCUUCGCCGACAUGGACAAGGAACACCGCUGGCAGGGAAUCCCACCCUUGUCUGAAUCUCCCGAGCUCGAACAUUCUCGCUCUCGCGAACUACACACUCGAGGUCCUGUUGACAUUGUCGAGGGUCUCGAGAAAAAGCGCCAGAAACGCAAAGAAAAGUUCUGGCGCCAACACUGCCGCAAAGCUGCCAAAGAGCAGAUGGGCAAACGGCCGGUCCCCGGCAAAGGAGCCGAACGGAUGAAGGAGCUUGGCCUCGAAGUUGCUGAGAGGUGCAGAGCUUACGGCGUCGGUCAAGACGCCCAGCUCGUCCUAUCCGUUUAG